AUGCAGGAGUGUCCAGUGAGCAGUUUUAUAGAGAGGGUAAAGGAUCUUCCAGGCAUGGAUGUGUGCAAGGGGUAUGUGUUUCUAUCUGUAUUUAAGCUACUGGACUCUGAGGAAAAGAAGACCCUUUUUUCUCUUUUGGGGAGCAACAUAUCCGUGCACAGAGUAGAAAAAAGGCAGGUUGAGAAAGUUCUUCUGCUGGGCGUUGUGACGGAGGAGGGCGGGUACUAUGUUUUGAGCGACCGCGUGAGAACCGACUUCAUGGCAGCGUGCACGCGCCCUGUGGAGGAGAAUGUUCUGGUCCACGUGGAACGGCCGCAGAAGGCGUCUUCUGUUGGGCUGCCCAGGAGCCAGUAUGCAGUCCCUGCGGAUGGCGAGGCACAGCAGGCGGGCGCAAAGAGCAGGGAGAGGGAAGGCUCGAGCGAGGUGUACAGCAACAUGCUGUAUAGAACAAUAUCAAACAAGCCCGACGGAAACAAAGCUGUCCGCCGGCUGAUGCUCAGCACGGGGAUAAUCAGCAGGGAAGGGCUGACGCACAAAGGGUUCAACUUUCUGCUGACAGGGCGGAAGCACCAGAUGUGGUCGCUGAUUGUGGCACACAUAUCCGAAAACCGCAGCGACCCCGAGAGGGAGGUGCUUACGCUGUGCGAGCUGCUGGCGAAAGACCCAAAGCGAGAGUAUGCCUUGGACGCCUCGCAGAAGUCAAGCAUGCUUGAGCUCUUCGAGUCGCUGGGGCUGCUGGUGAUGGGGCAGAGCACUGUCCGCCUGUCGUCUUCGUUCCGGCUGCUGUUUGACGACGUGGAGGGAGGCAGGAAGUUUCUGGCUUUGGAGAGCAACUUUCGGAUGUACAUCUACAGCAACAGCCCGCUGGACGUCUUUAUUAUUUCUCUGUUCAGCGUGAAAUGCAGGGAGUUUCCAAACAUGAUUGUGGGCAUGAUAAACGAGGACAGCAUCCGGCAGGCGCUCGCCUAUGGGAUAACUGCAGGGCAGAUCCGCGUGUAUCUGACGAAGAACUGCAAGUACGAAAUAAACGAGAACGUUUUAGAGCAGAUUCGGCUGUGGGAGAAGAGAAUGAACAGAAUAGAGUCGUGGGAGUCGUAUUUAUUCAGCAACUUUUUGAACUACAAGGACUUCCUUCUGGUGGAGUCGCACUGCAGCAAUAGAAACAUCAGGCAUCGGUCGUACAGAGAAAAAAGAGUGCUCGUGGUGGACGUGGAAAGCUACGACGCAGUGAAGGAGUUCAUAAAAACGAACAUAAAGUAG